AUGAACCGCGAUGAACUCGUAGAGAAGGCUCUUGAGGUCUCCAGGGCUAUCCCUGAAUGGGCUGAGACGUAUCUGGGGCGAGAAGACUGCCUGGUUGCUGUCAGAAUGGAUGAAGCGGAGGCGAUACUUGAUCAAGUCAAGAAGCAGUUUGACCGAAGACGCAAUGGGAUUGAGCAACGAUAUGGCCGACCGGAACACAAGAACGACAUCGACGAAAACACGAAGCGUGCAGUGUAUCUUUGGCAGCGCAUUGUCGAAAAUCCUGCGAAUGGAAAGAAGCCAACCCAAGCUCUUGCAAUGCUCUUAGCUGGUUUCAACAAAGAACAGCGCAAAGCCGGAGCUUGCUUCAUGAAGGUGAGCCGAGCAAUCAAAGCUUUCCAAAGGAAACAACAAACACCGCCAGCGGCUGCGGCUGCCACCACUGCAGUUCCGCAGCCGGCUCCUGCGGCGAGGACAAGCUGGAGAGCAGCACCCCAGCAGCCGCCACCUCCUGCCAACAAUCCAAGAACAACAACAAGGCCACCGCCGCUUCAUCCGCUCCAUCCAGUUGAAAGGGUUGAAUUUGCUAACAGUCCUCGUUCUACAAUGUCUCCAAUCUCCGUCCUAGAUCCAAAUGCUACUGUUGUAUGCUUUGAUGAGGAUGACGAAGAAUACUCUUUCUUUAAUACACCACCGGAUUUUUGA